CCCCGAGCUCCCGAGGAAUCGAAGUUUUCCAAUCGCGUCGCGCUCUCCCAGCACUAGCAAGCAGAGACACCCCAGGCGAGACUACCAGGAGCUGAGCUGACCAGCCUCGCCACCAUAAAACCACAGGAAACCUGCCGAGAUAACAGGAAGAGAGCGAGUGGUCUCUGCCGACUCUGCGUGCCUCCACUGCUCCUCCCGCUCCCGCUCCCGGAGAUCGCAAGAGGUGAAUGGCAGAGGCGGCGCCGGAUAGGGGAGAGCCGUGACCAUGAGGUGCGCCAGGCACCCGUACGAGGGCGGGCCCGGCGUCUGCGCGCCGUGCCUCCGCGGCCGCCUGCUCGCGCUCGCCGCCGCGCAGAACGAGGCGUCCUCGCUGCCCCCGCCGGAGCCGGAGCCCGAGCUGCUGUUCCCGCGCUCGGUGUCGCCGUACGUCUGCCGCCGCAAGUCCGACGCCUCGGCGCCGCGGGGCCGCCCGCCGGGCGGCCUGCUCUUCUUCCGGACGCCGCAGGUGGGACCCGCGUACGGCGGGGGCGGGGGCGCGGGGUUCGAGGAGGGCGACAUCGGGUUCCGGAGGCGGCGGCGCAGCGGCAGGUUCUCCGUGCUCGCCGCGCUCUUCGGCCACAGAUCGUCGGAGAAGGACAGGGACGGGGGCGGCAAGGAGCGGAGGCACCGGCCCUCCUGGCUCACAGGGAUGCUGCAGCGCGGCCGCCGGAGGAAGGAGGCGGCCACAGCGUCCCCACCGCCGUACCCGCCGUGGCGCGGGGCCAGCGACCGGGGGCUCUCCCCGGUGCGGUACGCCGACGGGUACGGCGACGAGAGCGCCUCGCCCGCGGAGUCGCCGUGGCUGCCUUCGCCUUCGCCGUCGCUGUUGCGCCAGACCCCGGGCCGUCGCCGCCUGGGGCUCGGAGCCCUCGGGGGCGGCGUCUCGGGGUUCGCGGUGUGCGUCAGCCCGCUCGUCCGGCCAGGGCUGGGCAGGCACCUCCGCGGGGGCCACCCGCCGGACGCCGUCUCCAGCGAGCUUCGUCCGUCGCCGCUCCACCCGCUCACCUCCAGCGCCUCGCUCCACCACUGCCGCUCCUGGAAGCUCGCCGACGGCGGCCGCUUCCGGUGAGCUCGUCAACUCUCCCCUUUCUCCCCCAUUUUUCACCCCACAAAAAAAUUCCACGACCAUUUUUACAUCUCGGGGGGUUUACUUUUUCCUUUUUUCUUUUUUAACUUGACGUGAAAGCACGAGGAAAAAGCAAGUGUGCCUCGCAAGCUGUUCCACUGACAUGUGGGCACCGACAUUUCUUCCAAAGGUGCUGUUUGUCAGUUGAACAUGUUGCAACUUGCAACGCUGUAAAAAGGAAAAAAAGAAAAGCUUCCCGUGCUC